AUGGAGUUGCUUUAUCUUCUCUGCUCAAUCAUCUCCACCACUCUUAUCUCCUUCACUCUCUCCCUCCUCCUCCCCUUCCGCCUCCUCCUCCACCGUCUCUUCCCUCGCUCAACGACCACCGACGCAACCACUUCGAUCUCCCUCUACGAUGGCACCGUCUGGCACGAACGCCGUCGUCCCGUUCACCAUUCCUUCAAGUACUCCGUCCGUUACGCUUUUAUUGACCUCGAUCACACACCUCACACUCCACCUCACCACCUCUCGCCUCAACAAGCUCGUGAUAUUGCUCAAACCACUGGUCCUGUUUUCCUCUUGACAAUUCCUCCUAGCGUCGGAUACGAACAAAACCCCUUAAGUUUGUACUAUUGCUACAACAAAGAAGGCUCAAACACAACCUUAAUCAAGUGCAUAGCUGAGGUCACCAAUACGCCAUGGGGAGAAAGAGUACAGUUCCUUUUCAACCCAAGUUCUGAUGUAGUCGCUAAACCCCUUCAUGUUAGCCCUUUCAUGGAUAUGCUUGGGAACUGGAGUAUAAGAACAAGUACACCUGGGGAUAAUCUUGUGGUGAAUAUUUCCGUUAAACAUCCUAAACAUGGCGACUAUUUCACAGCUUCCUUGAGGGCAAAUAGGGUAUCUUCAUCAUCUGUUGAUCAUGCAGUUUUCUUCUGGUUAAUGCCACACAAAGUUGCAUUAUGGAUCUAUUGGCAUGCUUUGAAGCUAUGGUGGAAGAAUGUGGUGUUUAUCAUGCACCCAAGGUAUGGAAAUUCAUCGUAUAAAGAAGAUGCAUUGACACGCGAUAGAAGUUUUGCAUGUUGUCAAGCUUUUGGAACACAAAGAAAUGAAAGUGGAAAAAUUGAAAAGAGUAUCGAAUCCAACUUUUUUGAUUCUGAUGUGAACAAAAUCGAUCGUUGGUUUCAAUGGACAGAUGCUAAAUGGCCAUGGUGCUGA